AUGUGGAUCGUCCAAGGUGUUACCAAAUUCUAUAUAUACAUUCAAUCCCUUGCAAGCGAAGUUGACGCUCUUUUGCGUGUUUAUGAAAACGACAGCACUAUCGACGUGGAGCGCGUUCCAUGGUCUGCUUUCCCUACAGAAGGCAACUACUAUUCUAAAUCCGAAGACGAUCCGAAUCUUCGAACAUGGAGACUGGAGGUCAUAUCAGCCGUAAAUGACUGUGCGCUGCGGAGUCGUGGCCAUACGAAGUAUGUGCUCGCAGUUGAUUUGGAUGAAAUCAUUGUCACACAUCAUCAACCAUCGCUACUGAGCUUUCUGAACGAGCUGAGCACCGAAGAUAAAAAUGCUGCCGCUUUCCAGUUUCUGAAUCGUUUUGUUAAUUACCAAGUAGGACAUUUCAAGUUGAAAGAAAUUCUGUCUCAAAAGAAUGACCUCCUAAUAAGAUUUUAUAAUAAUUCAUUUAAAGCAAAUGGUUACUUUUUUUUGUUCUAG